UUCUACCUAUACUAGUUAUCGUCAGAUAUUUGUAUUAGGUAUUCAUAAUUAUUGUAUUAUUAUUAUUAGGCACUUACAAUCUAAAUUUUCAGAAUCAUAGAAAACGGAGCAUGGACAGUCGACGAUCCUCAUUUUUUAGAAAAUUUACAAACAUGCGUACUGUAAACGCAAAUUCAAAAGAAUCAUCGCCUAAGCCAAAUGUUGUUCGUAGACUAUUUGCCAAAGACGAAAGCGAUAUUGGGUCAGACUCCGAACAGGAUAGUUUCGUCACAAAUUUACGGCAUCCACGCAAUGAAGAAUAUAAAAUUUUGGAGAUACUCCCAACAAAAGACGGUAUGAUGAAAGAAGCUGGUUUUUCACAACAAGGAUUGGAUUUAUCGCAAUUUAUACAUCCGAAUUCAUCAGAAAUAGAAGACUGUACUUUUCAAGAAGGGGUAUCCUUAGUCCAAAAAAACUAUCCCACUCAAAUAACGAACUCACAAACAAGGGAUUUAGAACGGGCAGAAAUAUUCAAUCAUAAAGAUUAUCCUCUUGAAACAGGAGAACACGCUCAGAAAGGAAGAUCCUUCACCCAAGACAUACAUUCUACACAGCCAUUAUUCUCACAAACAGGCGAUUUAGCACAGGCAGAAAUAUGCAUCGAUCCGAAUAAUCCACUAGAAGACCACACUCAUAAAGAAACAUUUUUUGCUCAAGACAUACAUUCAACACAGGCAUCAAUCUCACAAACUGGCGAUUUGAUACAGGCAGAAACAUACUUACAUCAAGAUAAUCUAAUACCGAUACAAGUACAUGCUCAGGAAGAAAUAUCCUUCGUCCAUAACAUACAUUUUACACAGGCAUCAAUCUCACAAACAUGCGAUUUGAUACAGGCAGAAACAUACAUACAUCAAGAUAAUCUACUACCAAUAGAAGAUCAUGCUCAGGAAGGAACAUCCUUCGUCAAUAACAUACAUUCUAAACAGGCACCAAUCCCAUUCAAAAGUCAUUUCAUACAGUCAAACACGUUCAUAGAGCCGACCAUAAAUCAUUCAUUAACAGUAAUUUCGCGAUUCGACGACAAUUUGGAAGAAGAAGAAGCUGGUAAAAGAAAAGUAUAUGAAGAUAAUCAACAAGCAAGCACAUCUUUUGGAUCUCCAUCUUCUGAACUAUGUUUGAAGCAACCAUAUAAAAAACGAAGAUUAUACGAGCAUCUUAAGGAAAUGGACAUUUGUAUACAGCAAAUUAGGGAUGAAACUGCUUCUACUGAAAACUUAAACAACGCAACUAUAGUUAUUAAUAUUGAACCAGAAGAAAACAAAAAUGAGUAUGAAGAAGAGAUUGAAAAUAUUAAUACAACAAUAAACAAAGAAAAUGUAAAGAAUAAUCGAAUUUAUAAGCAUAUUGAUUUCUUGUCAGACAGUGACGAAUUUGUUUAUAGUUCGAGCACUGGACAGGAUUCAACAGAAUCAAAUGAUACAGACCGUGUUAAUGAAAAAAAGAAGCGUUUAAAGAAGAAACGUAAAACAAAGAAGUUGAAUAAUUUUGACGAUACAAAAGAAAAUUCAGAGCCGAAAAAAAAAGAGCGAAAGAUUAAUAAAAACGUAAAGUUAGAAAACAAUUAA